CGCACUUUGCACGCGACAGCUAUCUUAAUCUCAAAAAAAGUGAGAAGUGCAGUGGUGCGUUCAGUGCAUAUUCCAGAUCGACCAUUCCUAUUCUAUUCUAAAUUUCGUUCAUAUCUAUGCCUCAUCUGCAUCAGAAGUGCACGAAUCUCUUUAUUGAUCAAAUAUUACUCCAUAUUAUUCAAUGAUUUUCACGAAGUAUUUACGAAUGUUACUUUAUCAGUGCAUUUUAAGUGUAGAAAUCUGCAAGAGAUAAUAUGCAGAGGCGACAUCUUUCAAUCGUAUAAAAAAGAAGAUAUAUAUUAUUAAUUUGGAAGGUUUGAUGCAUCCGUGAAAGAUUGGGGUCCUCACGAUCGGAAAAUGGCACGCGGAUAGUAAGAAUUAUCAAGAAAUAUAAUUAAAAGUAUUCACGGCGAACGAUCGUAUCGAAUAACGAUGGCGUCGGCUUACAUUAAAGAUGAGCAAGGUGGAACGUUUAUCCCUGCUAGUCAACGCCCAGAUGGCACAUGGCGUAAGCCACGUCGUGUUAAAGAUGGUUAUAUACCACAGGAAGAAGUCCCACUAUAUGAAAGCAAAGGUAAACAAACAAAAAAUAAACCCAUAUAUCCAAUAGGUGCAAGUCCAGAAUUCAUUACUGAGCACAAAGCUAAACACGAAGCGCUACUAGCAGCCAAGAGUAAAUCUAUAUCUGGCGUACAAGUUAAAACAGAAGUUAAAAAGAAAAAGAAAAAAAAUAAAAAUAAAACAACCGAACGUAUAACAGAAGAGGUGGCUAAAAUUAAUAUCUCAGAACCAGAACAAAAGAAAGAACCAUUAUUACACAAUAACAAACUGCAUAUUAAUACAAAGUCAAUACCAAACGAUCAAACUCCAAUUCCAAAAUCAAAUGCCACAAAUCAAUUUGAUACCGCAAUACUAGAACCACAAAAAAGAUUAAAAAAUCUGAGGAAAAAAAUUCGAGAAAUCGAAACUUUGGAACAGAAAAUAAAAUCUGGAUUGUUAAAAAAUCCAGAAAAAGAAAUACUUGAUAAAUUAUCGAGAAAAGCAGAAAUCUCGAAAGAGAUAAAACGGUUAGAGGCAAGUCAAUAGAAAAAGGGGGUUGAAGAAAGUAUAUUUGCACACUCUCAUUGAUCAUCACUUUGUAGUUGUAUCUAAACCAAUGUGUGUUUCUUCAAUUUUAAAACAAUUUUAAUACAAUCUUACGCAAUAUCAUACUUUCAUCCUCUUUAUACAGUAAAGGAAUGGCAAUAUAGAAAUGUACAUUUAUAUCGAGAUUAAAAUCGAAUACUAAUGAAUAUAGCAACUAGAAUGUCACUGUGUGAAAGACC